UAUAUAUCUGUAUGUAUCUGUAUAUAUGUGUAUAUAAAGACCAAUGGUUGCCCUUUUUUACAGCAUGAUGAUUAGUCGCAGUACCAGCAGCAUUUUGAAGUUGACCUCCCCAGAGGUCAAAGAACAGAUGUAUGGAUCCUUCCGGACAAAAUUGUACGAAGCCAAUCAAGAAGCUAACGACUGCCUGGAUUACUUAAACCGGAUCAGAAGAAUGAUCCGUUCUUCAGAUAUAUUUACAGUUACAUUGGUCAUAGUCCUUCUGCUACCCUUAUCUAUGAUAUUUGUUGGUGAGUACAAGACGCCUUUUACUAUUCUACUUCUCUCUUACUCUUUACUGGUUCAGUUUUCGGAUUGAACCGAUUUCAGUCGAUCGUAUCAACCUCACCAGAAUUUAUUCUAGUCCAGCAUUUA